AUGGGUUAUGCUUUUUGGCCAAAGAAAGCUGCUGAAAAGAUGCAAAAAGAACGUGCAGGAAAUACACCAACUCCAGAAAAUACAGAAAGAAUUGUUAAUCCAAACAAAAAGGGACACUUUUAUGAAAAACCAUUGACUGAGAGUGAAAAGGAAACUGUUAAUCAAUUUGCUAAUGAAAGUAAUUAUCCUCUUCCACAAAGAGUAGAACAAAUCUUUAAUAAGGUUGCUCCUGUACCAAAGGAAUAUGGUGUUGGACAACCAAGAGCUUUUUUGAGAAUUGCUGGUAAAAGGCCACAAUUUUUGAAAUUGGCCAUUGCAAUUGCAAUUUUACUCGUCUCCUUGCAGAUUAUUAAUCACUAUGGUACUAUUUUCUUAUUGGAUGAAAUUGUCAAAGAAUUGUUAAAUGCUAGACCAGAUAUUGAAUCAGUAUUUGCCACCCAUGAUCGUAGUCAAGAAAAAGUACAACUUCAUCAUCAAUAUGUUUCUGAAAUGGAUGAAAUCUUGUCAUUCUUAGACAAGAGUUUGGAAGCUGAUGAAACUUUAACAAAAUACUAUUUACAAACUGGAGUUAUCGACAAGUUGUUAGACCUUUUACAAAAAUCAGAGCACCCAUUCAUUUUACUUCACUCAUUGACCACACUAGAAAAGUGUGUUAAAUAUGAUCCAAAAUGUACUGAAUAUCUCGUAAAGGAAAAGGGUGCUAUUGAAAUGUUGAACGAUAAAUUGUUAAAAUUGGGUUAUGAAAUGAUGCAAGAAAAGAGAAUUCCACUCAACAAACUCUUGAACCCUAUUGUAAAAUUGCUUAUCAAAUUGUACAGUGAAAAUAAUGAAUGGAUUACUGAAAAAGACAGACAAUUCCUCACAUUGGGAUUACAAAUUGCUCAACCAAAAUAUUUCCACAAAAUGGCACUCGAGAUUGUUCAAAAUUUGGCUACUAACCAAAUGAAUCGUAUCAAUACUGCUACUGAACAAGAUUACUCAGAUGAACAAAAGAGAACAUCUUUGGAAAAGUCUCUAAUCUCUGGAGAUGUUGAAUUUAUGCAAAACUUGCAAUUCCUUUCCCAAAAUGCUCCAGUCGAAGAAGUUCGUACUGAGCUCACACUUGUUUUGGAAUCACUUCAAAAAUCCCACGAAGCCUACUUUAACAAGACUAAAGUAAUCAAUCCAAUGGAUGUCUCUCCUCUCCACAAUGCUGGUUUCAAAGAGACAAUGUACAGAAAAUAUGAAAUGGGACCAAAGGAAGCUAUUGGUAACGUUCUCUAUCUUUUCAUGAUUCCUUUCAUGAUGGGAUGGUUGAGAUAUCGUUGGAUGGGUAAUGGAGCUCCAGUUCCGUUCAUUCGUUGGACAAUGUUCCAUGCUGCCAAGCUCUUCUUUGUCACAGAUUUCAUACUUGCUCCAACUGCUUCCUUCUUAUUUGAUCCAUCUAAGAGCGAUUUUUCUAGAAAUGUCAUGAUGAAAUCACCUGAUGCAGUAUUCCUUGGAUCAUUGUGUAAUAGAGCAUUGACCUAUACUUUACAAUUGAAGGCCUUCGCUGAUACUUACUUUAUUGCCUUCCCUUAUCUCAUGAAACAAUAUGAAGGAACUCAAUUCAGUGUCAUUAAGAACUCACCACCAGUCUAUGCUUAUAGAAUGUGGGUUGCAAGUCAAUUGGUAAAGAGAAAGCAUGUCUAUGGUCAAAUCCCACUCCAAACACAAACCAUCUUGGUCAAACAAACCACUUCAGAUACAGCCAAAUCAAGCAACUCUGCUGGUGAUGAAUGUCAUUAA